AUGGCGGUCGAGCGCCACAUAACAUUGAACGACAGCCGAGUCGUGUACGACGGCUACAACGCACACCUCCCGGGACCUGCCCUUGUCUUCAUCCAUGGCUAUACGUGUUCUUCUGCACUCUGGUCAGGUCAGGUACAUCUGAUGCAAAGAAUGCGCAGUCUCGCCAUCGACCUCCCCGGCCACGGCCGUAGUGGGGCUCCUGCUGCUGGUCAUCAAUAUACGAUGGAGUUUUUCGCCAACGCAGUCGCCGCGGUCUUGCUGACUGAAGAGACUUCUACCAACACCAAUAACAACAGCCGCGGGCCAGCGAUCCUUAUCGGACACAGCAUGGGCGGCCCCGUCGCCACAAUGCUGCUGCGUCUGCACCCACAUCUAGUCAAUGCCAUCAUCUACGUCGACUCCUUCUUCGACCUACCUGAAUCACUGCUCACGCACGCACAACGCCAGGCCCUCGCCGCCAAACGCUCGGAUGACACUUUCUGGCGCGCAACGAUCGAGUCCUUCUUUACAACCCGCACUCCAGCCAACGCCCGCGACAAAAUCCUCCAGAUCAUGCUGAGUACCACGCCCAAGCAUGUCCGCGUCAACACCUGCACCACGGACGUACAGCCACACGCCUGGCGCCGAGAUGAGGUCUUCGAUGCCGUACCGGCGCUGGCUAUACAUUGUGGGAUGUUCCAGGUUGACGAGGAACGGUGGAAGGCCCACUUGCCUAAGUUGACAGUCAAGGAGUGGUCAGAUGGCUAUGGGCAUUUCUUGUUCAUGGAGGAUCCGGAAAGAUUCAAUGAGGAGCUGUCCGCCUGGUUGCGUGGUGUGGCAGGUCUUGUCGUUGAUGGAAAAGCAGGAAACGGGGUUUGCCCAUAG